AUGAUUGUUGUCACCCUCGCCCUUGUGGCCGUCGCCUACGCUGUUCCAGUUAACGAAGUUAACGGAUUAGAAUCAACGACGAUUCCAGUAGAACCAAUAAAGAUUAUUCGCUCUGAUUACGACCAACAACCCAAUGGUGAAUACGUCUUCAGCUUCGAGACUGAGAACGGCAUUAACCGCGACGAAAACGGUGAACUGAAGGAGGCCCUCGAUGAAAAAAAUAAGACCCACACUGUCAUCGUUGUUCGCGGUUCCUACUCUUACACUGAUGACGACGGCAAAGUUGAGACCAUCAACUACAGCGCUGAUGAGAAGGGCUACCAUGCUGAGGGCGAAUCAAUACCUACGAACGCCCCGUCCAGUAGAUAA